AUGGACGUCGUCGCGCUCAACGAGCGGCUGCGCGCGGACUUCUCGCCGCUGUUGAAGCUGCUGCCGCCGCCGUACUCCGCGUCCGCCCUCUCCACACCCAAGUCCUCCAUCGCACCGGCCAAAUCCUCGGCUUCUGCGUCCUCAGACGACCGCUACACGCAGCACUGCCGCUUCAUGCUAUGGCGUCUCAAUUCGUACCAGUACGGCUCUUCCAGCGCGUUUCUGCUGGAUCUGGGGCAACUGGAGCGCGCCGCGGAGUCCCCGGAGAUCAAGCUGCAAGUGCAGACUCUUUUGGGCCGUCUGACGGCCUCGGAGGGCGAGAAUCAAGCUCAGGAGGGCGCGCACAAGGGCACGGAGAACCAGACGUCGUGGCUCUGCAAUGUGUCGCUGAAGGGCCAGGUCGUGACCAUCGGCAGCUUUAAGACGCAGGAGGAGGCGCUGCAGGGCUACGAGGAGCAGAAGACCAAGAUGGCGGAGAACCCCGCCGGGUUCAUCAAGCUGAGGCAGUUGGCUGCUAAAAUGGAGCAAGAGCAGCGCGAGGAAGACAGGAGAGUGCUGAAAGAGGCGAUGGCGCAGUGUCAUCCGAGGCUGACGACGAUGAAGGUGUCGGCCGUGGUUCCGCCUGCGCCUGCUGUGAACAACGCGGUGCUCGCCUUGGCGGCGAGAGGAGUCGCACGGUCGGUGGCCAAGAGCCUUGCUGCUGCCUCGUCACCUGCGGGGAGCCCUGCGCCGUCGGAGACUGGAGCGUCGCCGCAGAGACCUUCAAGAUCUUCCAAGAGACAGAAGGUGGACAGCUCGAGCAGCGCUGCAGCGGCGAAGAAACAGAAGACGGAGUCGGCGAACAGCUCGGCUGCUAGCAAUUCGUCGGCAGGGAAUCGGUCGUACCUGAAGCUGCGGCGGCUCAUCCAGAAGAAGUUGUGUCGCCACUUGAAGGGCAAGGAGGUGUGUAUCGUGGCGGACCCGGACAAGCAAGACGAGGGCCGACUGCGGGCGUCGGGGCGUCUGGAGGCCGGCAAGGUGUACUCGUUCCGCCGCAAGAAGCAAAUGACCUUCGCCGAUUACGUUCGGGACGAGCUGGGUCGGGCCGAGUCGGCGUGUCCACACAUGUUCCUAGUGCGAACCAAGGAAAGCAUCGACGACCACCUCAAAGUGUGCGACGCCUUCUCGGACAAGGAGCGCGAGCUUGGGCCGCGCAACCGCGCACAGCCACAGCAGCCGAGAAGCAAGAAGUCAUCGCGUCGG